AUGAUUAUAUUUGAUGGGGAGAAGUAUUCCUGUGUCUCUUGCAUUCGGGGACACAGAUCCACUACUUGCAAACACAGCAAUCGGAUGCUUGUCAAAGUGCGAACAAAAGGGCGGCCUUCAGCAAAAACCAUACGCAAAGUCAUUCUGGUUGAUGCCAGUUCCCAAGUCAAUAAUAGUCCAAUCCUAGAAGAACAGUCAUCUACAUCUUGUUGCUCGUCGUCUCGAUCUCGAUCACCGCGCUCUUGCACAAAAAUGAACAAGCAGCCAAUUCUAUUUCUACGCGCUAUGAGUACACAAAAGGCAUUCUUAGUAGAUGGGGCUUUAAAAAUUGUGAUAGAAGAUAAAGAUACAACUUCUCAAGGCGAGAUGAAACUCGUUUCUGAGAGAGAUUAUUUGCUAAACCAUCUUAAAAUUCCUACCCCUAACCUACCAAAAGAGCUUCAUUCCCAUUACGGAGUUCAAAGUGAUGGAAAUUUGUCUUCGUUUAUGGAGCCACUACAUCACCAGGGUCCUUUAAUUAAUACACAGCCUGUCAAACAAGAAUUUGCCGAACUUGACUUUCAACAUCAGAUUGACCGAUGCGUGGCUCCCCCAACUUACAAAAAUUCACAAGAACCAUACUUGGGUCCAUCUGUAGAAGCAGAUUAUACCAGUGCAGAGAUUCAUAACAAUUCUUUUGUGGAGCUUUUCACCCACAAAGGAGUUUAUUUGAGUACUCAAUGUAAUUGUGAAGAUGAUAACUGCCAAUGUGUUAAUUGCUUAAUACACAGGAAAGAGGAAGAGCUGGAGAGUUAUGUCAAACAGAGUGGUGUGCCAUUGUCAAACGUAGGUAAUGGCCGCAUAAGUUUUCCGGAUCAACAACCAUCUUCGGAUGCGCUCAUUUGCAAAUCGCCUGCACAUCAUUGCGAAACUCAAGAUUGUUUGCUGCACCCAGCAGAAAUAGUCCCAUUCAAUAACAUUUUCAUGUAUGGACUGGUAAACAUUUCCUUGAAACCAAAAAGUGUAAUCAAAUACAAGCACAAGCUAAUCCCAUCUCGGUUUUGGUGGAACUUGCUGAAAGAGGAGCUUCCCGUAAUGUCGCAAGAAGAAUGUGGAAAUUUUGAUCUUAUGCAAUGGUUCGAAAAUACCAUCCAUUCCUUUGAUAUGGAGAUUCCUAACGAAUAUGAUGGAGGGAGUUCGAGUUUGCAUGGCAUUGGAUUGAUGACAACUUCUUGA